AGCCGAAAAAAAAUUUAGUUAGUGCACAUAUACCAUACAUUUGUUACUACUACUGAAGUAAGAUAGAUUAUAUAAUAUAUCAUUUAUAUAUAGUAUAUAUUGUAUACAUCGUAUAUGGUAGUAAUAUCAAAAGUAUAAUGAAUAAAGGAAAGAUAGUAUCUCGUUCGAAUCUAUACGAUUCAGAUGAGCCAGGGUCAGAAUCUGAAAAUGAAGGUAAUCAGUAUCUGAUGCCUUACAAGAUGGAAUUUGAGUUUAUUGAAGUUGAAAAUAAUAGUGGACUAGAUACAGGUAUAAAUGCCACGGAAUCUCAUGGAUCAAGUGAUAAUCUAGAUACUAAUCAUGAAGAUAAACCAGAUAAUGAUGAAAUGGAGUUCCCAUUAUUUUCAUUUGAUGCUACUACCGCCAAAAGCAAUCAAGUAGAGUCAAAUAAUAUUAAGGAAGAUAACCAAGAACAACAACAAGUAUCAGAAGAAACAAGGAGGCCGAAAAAUCAAAUAAUGAAAGUUAGCUUAAGAGAAGAUUUUGUCGAAGUAAUAAAAAAUGAAAGGCCAAUAUCUUAUUAUUUGGCCCAUUAUUCUGAUCAGGACAAGCAACGAUUUAUAGAGACUGCUUUGGAUUAUGAUGAUAUUUAUCUGCAAAUUAACUCAUAUGGACCUAUGAGUGAUCCUACUCCGUGGAAAGUUACUGAUAUAACUCAACAUAAUUUAAAGAUUGAACAAGAAAAACAACGUAGAAUACUAUCUAAAACCAGAAGAGAAGGUAAAAAGAAGAGAAUUAAUAAGAUAAUAUGCCGUGAGAGACGACUUGAACGAUUGAAAGAGUCUAAGAAACUUGAAAAGCAAAGAAUCGCUAAAAUAAAGAAAAAAAUGUUCCAUAAGAGAGGAGGAAAGAAGAAUAAGAAAUCAGAUAAUGUUAAGCCAAAGUAUAAAACAGAAUAAUGAAUUAUUGAUAGACCUGUGUAUAGAACUGUAUGUAUUGUAAGUAAUAAAAGGUAUUUGGUUGUUUAUCAUUUUUGGAAAAGGGUGUGCGAAGGCUGAAAAAUUGACCCAUUGAACAGAUAACUAAUAUUAUUAAUAGCCAAU